AUGUCCUCCUCAGACGCCGCCGCAAGCACCUCCAGCAAACCGUUUUGCCUGGUCAAGUCCUCCAUCAACAUCGACGAAACCUUCCUUGUCCCUCACAUCGUUCGACCGGGUGAAACGCUCUCUUCCACCGGUCUCGUCUCGCGCCCUGGAGGCAAAGGAGCCAACGUCUCUGCAGCGAUCGCGCUCGCUGGUGCAUCCGUCUCCUUCUCUGGAGCCGUCGGCAAGGAUGCACCGUGGCCGCUGAAGGAACUCGAAUCGCGCCAUGUCAUCACCACCGACGCCGAGAUCCUCGACAACGUCCCCACCGGUCGAGCCUUCAUCCAGAUCGCACAGGAUGGCGAGAACAGCAUCGUCCUACUCAAAGGCGCCAACUUUGCCACGGACAGCAAAUCAUCCGAUCCCGAAAAAUCUUGGUCGGAUAAGAUCACGCAUCUGGUGCUUCAGAACGAGAUUCCGUUGCAGACGACGGUUGCGUUCCUGCAGCACGCAAAAAAGGUUGGGAGGCAUGUGACGACGAUCUUCAACCCAAGUCCUAUGCUGACGCAGGAGGAAGUGGAGCGAUUCCCGUGGAAGAGCGUGGAUGUGCUGGUGGUGAACGAGGGAGAGAGUAUGGACCUUUUGAGGGUGCUUCAACCGGAACACGCAAAGAAGCUCGAAUCGCUUCCCGAGGGUCAGGAUCGAUCACGACAGGUGCUCGAGACGCUGUCAUCGCUCGAGCAGCUACAGGAGACCGCAUGGGUGGUGCUGACACGUGGUGGACAGGGUGUCAUGGCAAACGUCGUGUUGGCCGAGAGUCAAGAAGGGAAACGCAGCUUUUUCAAUGUGCCACCGUUCAGGCCGAAGCAGGUGAAGGACACAACGGGUGCGGGUGACACAUUUGCGGGGAACUUGGUGGCAGCGUUGAUGGGUCAUAAUGUCGAUGCGGAUGAGGCAUUGUUGAGCUCGGCUAGACCGAAGGGGGAGAAGUUUGUGGAGGAAGCGUUGAGGUGGGCCGCAAAAGCGGCCAGUUUGGCGUGUGAGAAGGAGGGGGCGAUGCAGAGCAUUCCUUCUGCGGACGAGGUCAAGGCGAGGAGCUCAUGA